AUGCCUUCCAAAUCACGUGGAUUAAGGACAUCGACAGGCUGCCUGGUAUGCCGUAAGCGCAGGGUCAAAUGCGACGAGACGCGUCCUCGUUGCAAGAACUGUACAAGAGUAGAGAGGGUCUGUGAAUACCCGCAGAAGUCAGCACCCCCUCAACGGCCUCGAGCCUUGAGCGCUCGUACAGUCGACGAGGCACCAAACACCGCGAAUGAUGCCUCUUUCUCACCACCCGAGGUGGUGCCUCUUAGCCUCCCCACGUGUUCGGAAGGUCUGAGCUCUGCUGGCUUGGAUGCCACGCAGUCGUGGAUACCGUUCAAUAUCGACCCACCGCAGGUUGCAGGUGACGUCCCGCCGGACGACAGCUUUCUCUUAGACGACAGUCUCUUCUCAUUCGGCGAUACUCUCACUCCAUCCUUCGGCCCGAUCGAGUGGUACGAUCUCUUAGCUCAAGAUGCAAUAGACACCAUGCAGGAUCAAAACCCCAGUAAUCGCUGGAACUUUGACUACUCAAGCCUUUCACGAAGACAAUCACCCCGGCAAUCCGUCGCCCCGGACGCUGGUCCUGACGAGAGUGAUGGGCCAGCGAUUAUAUCGCAGGAUCUACUGUCGCAGCCUUGGAACACGGAUACAAAGAUUGAGUUGAAAGAAGACGAAAUGGUUUUCUUUGAGCACUACAUCAACGUCGUCGCGCCUAUACUGGAUCUAUUCGAUCCGUUGAGUCAUUUCGCGAGCAUGGUUCCACAUCUUGCCUUGCGUAAUGUUGGUUUGUUGAAGUCCAUCCUGGCCGUUGGUGCCCGGCAUCUCACUUUAAGUCAAAGCCAUGCUGACCCCAGUGAAACUAUUUUGCACGUUCCUCCAGGCACUCCAGCGUCUGUGCACAGUCUUUCUCCAAACACUGCGAAGUUUGCAGAGCAGUACUACUUUGAGACCCUACAAUACCUCUCGCAGAACUUGCUUUACCAGACAUACACUGGCUCGCACGAGAUCCUCGUAACGGCUAUUAUGAUCUCGACAUACGAGAUGUUUGGCACCGCAGAAACCCCUGAUCAUUCAGCAUGGGAUCGCCACCUGAGGGGCGCUUUCUGGAUACAGCGUAAUUCCGACACCAGUGGCGAAUCCAACGACAGCCUUAGACGCGCUGUCUGGUUCUCGUGGUUACGGCAAGACAUAUGGGCGGCCUUUCGCACAGGUCGCCCGGCUCUAACUAUACACCAGCCAACAAAGUCCAUGUCUGAAUUGACGACAGAAGAAUUGACCACUCGUAUCAUCUAUAUCACAGCAAAAUGUGUCCAAUUUGCUGCAACACCGAAAGAGCGAAACAUCACUGAAUACAUCGAAGCCGGAGCAACGCUCAUGCGGAUGUUGGACGCAUGGAAGCGAUGUCUGCCUCACUCAUUCGAACCAAUAUCUAUCGCUGGCUCAUACUCCACCCCAAGAUCGAACACAGAUGCAAUAUCGAUCACACCGAUCUGGAUUCAUCCGCCUGCAAAUGCAGCGGCAAUACAGAUGUACCAUUUCUCCCGAAUCGUUAUGGUGCUCAAUCAGCCUUCGACUGGAGGCUUGAACGUGUACCAGACACGCUUCAAGAUGCUGCGCGAGAGCACUACUAUGAUCUGCGGGAUCGCUGUUGCGCAGCAAUCGCAAAAUCUGCCGAGCGCGUUCGUAAGCUUCCAGGCUGUCUACGCUGCGGCGUUGUGUGCGGAUACCCAAGAAAAGCAAGGAGAGAUUCUUGAAGUUUUAGACAAGGUACUGCACAUAAGCAAGUUUCCGUCAAAAUCGAUUCUAGACGAUCUUGUGAAGAUCUGGACUGGUGGCACUUGA